AUGAAGAAGAAUAUUCAGCUUGUGUUGUUUCGUGCUCGUGAUGUUCCUUGGCGAGUCGGAUGGCGAGUCGAUCAACAGUUCGUCAAGAACAAUAAAGACCCCGAGAAUACGAUGUUCGGUACCGCGCUCUGGGAGUGCGAUGAACCCAUAUACUCGGGAGCUUUAUAUCUCGUGGCCCUGGCCCUUGCAGACAAAGCUCUCUUCGGCUUUUCCACACCAGAAGAAUUUUUCGAGCGGAGAAUUUCCAGAGGGACAGAACGAGUUACUGAAGGGGUCAGUGAAGACCCAUUGACCAAGGAGAGCUAUCAGGCCGAUUUUAGAAGGAUUAUGGCUGCUGCGUGUUACUAUGUUACUGCUACAGUUCAUGCAAUGCGCCGUGCCUUAGGUGCAGCGGUCGAAGAAAAGUACUCCCUGACACACACUGCUCAGAUCUUGACACAGAAAUCUACGGCUGUGUUUGGAAAUAAUUAUCUCGCCGACUGUUCCAGCGUGGAUGCUACCAACACUGUUAGACGGAAGCCCGUUGAACACGGUCAUGUGGAAUAUUUUCAGGGUUUCGGUCAGUUUCACGAGGCUGGUCUUCCACGUCGACUACCAUUCGAAGAGGAGCAGAGUAUUGAGGCAGAUCCACGCCUGCAAGCCAGAAUGAAGGAGCUUUGUGACGUAUUAGAUGAUGAGGAGUCUAAACAGAAACAGGUGCUGUGCAAGCUCAUGCCUGAAUUGGGCUGUUUAGUGGCGGUCAUUUCAUCCAAUGCGCCUCUUUCAUUUGAUGAAAAAGCCAGUGUGGUGAGAGAUCUCUACACCCAAUGUCUUCGCGACUUUACUGUGGUCUACCGUCCGAGAGAAGAGCCUAUCCAGGGCUGCUGUCCACAAGUCGAGAUCUGGGCGUAA